AUGCAUAGUACAAUCAACAACCCACGGAUUUCACCUCAGCCUAGCCUUAAUGGCUCGCCCACUCAUCUACACACGGCUCGUAUAGCCCGAGGAAAGCCAGUAACCAUUUUUGAUGAUGCUUCUGCAAAAGCAGAAUUAGCCCAGCAAAAGGCAAACCAAAUGUGGAUUUCGUCGAAUGAAGACAAUGCUAUUGUUUUUGACAUCACAGAUAGUGGCUUAGACGCUGCCCAGUUUUUUCAGGCCCUAAAGUCCCAGUACCCUAGCAUAGUAGGGGCCCUGGGUCAAGACUGUAGAGAUAGAAAUAUAGCAAUUAUUUCAUUUGACACUAUUGAAGAUGUGCCCAGGGCUUGUUCAGAGGGCGUUGUCAUUGGACAUCAAACUCUCUUAGCCACCCCUACAUUUGGUGGGGAUAGCAACAUCCUUCGCUUACACCUUGAUAAGUUGCCUCUCCGCAGGGCAGAUAAAUUAGAGCCUCAAGUUCAAGAAGUCAUGGGCCAUUUCGGUCGAGUGAUUCAUAUUGGUCUUUAUAUGGACCCUCAGUUUCAAUUGUUUGGGGGCAAAGGCUUUGUCAUGUUGGACACUGCUCCAAAGGAAGGGAUUGAAUACAUUCCCCUAACACACAAGAUUGACUUUUGUGAGGAAUGA